AUGUUCAAAGCUUCGGUGCUGUUGUGUUGUGUUGUGGUCUUGCUCUGUGGCAUGUAUGCAGCCGGAGAGAAAUACCACCUGAUGUUCAAUCCGAAUCAUAGUGCUGAUAAACGAAAUGGUUUCAGAGAUUUAAAUGCAUAUACGAUGGUGAAAGAAUCGAAAAUGACCAUCAUGGUCGGAGAACCUAUGGCUCAAGUUCAUUAUGAAGAGACUAUCAACAAGACUGGAUGGGCCACUUUGAGUUUAAGUACAAACUCAGAUAAAAGCGAUGAGGAGCAAGCAUUUGCUGCUGGUUUUGUUGAAGGUUAUGUAACUGGAGAAUUGUUUCAAAAUUAUUGGAUUGGAUUCAAACAGUAUACGUUUGAUACAAGUCAAACCAAACAAUUAGAUGCUUUCCUUGAUGGAAAUUUCAGAUUCAUGAAGAGAAAGAUCGCUGAAGCAAAAAAUUCUACAAAUCCAGAGGAAAGAACUUAUUGGUAUCAAGUCUCAUUGAUUUUAGAUCAAGUAGAAGGAAUGUAUGCUGGUUACUUGAAACUUAUGUCUGAAAAGGGAGUCUUGCCUGUGUUAUCGUUGGCUGAUUUGUUUAAAUUCCAACUGGACGGUGACAUUGAUGAUUUGUCCAAUAUGUGGAGUCCUCCUUCAUUUGAAACCAUGAGCAAGUUUGACUUGGAGAGCUAUGCCAUUUUCAAAACUAAAUGUAGUGCAUUUGUGAAAUAUAGUAAGGAUCGAAGAAAUAUCUUCUUAACGCAUGCUACUUGGGACACAUUCCAAAACAUGUUGAGAGUUUACAAGCACUAUAGAAUUAACUUUAAGAAUGUUCCAGCUAAGCUUGUCAGCUUCUCCUCUGCUCCUGGUUGGCUAGUUUCUGUGGAUGAUUUUUACAUUACUUCAGCUGGUUUGGUCAUUACAGAGACAUCAAACAACAUUUUUAACUUGACCCUUUAUCAAAAGACUACUCCAGAAACCUUAUUAUACUGGAUUAGAAAUAUUGUUGCAAACAGAUUAGCAACAUCUGCAAAGGAAUGGACUGAUAUCUUUGCUAAAUAUAACAGCGGAACCUACAACAACCAAUGGAUCGUGUUGGAUACCAAGAGAUUUGUUCCUGGCGCAGCAAGAUCGGAUCCAGAACUGCUCUAUAUUUUGGAACAAAUUCCAGGAGAUUGUAAAGUUGCUAGCGUAAGCCACUUUUUAGACACAUCAUAUUGGGCUUCCUAUAAUAUUCCUUAUUUCCCAUAUAUUUAUAACAUUUCAGGUUAUCCAAGUCAACGUGAUGCUCCAUAUAUUGGAGAUCUUGAAGGGGUUAAGAGAUUGAUUAGAAAGAAUGACUAUCAAACAGAUCCAUUUUCAGAUGGUGAUGCAUGCCACCAAAUUGCUGCCAGAUGUGACUUGAAUCCUCCAAACAAGAGAUCACAAGCAUUUGGUGCCAUUGAUGCCAAGGUUACUGACAUUUUCAUGGCAAAGACAAAUACUGCUGUAGCUCAAUCAGGCCCAACUCACGAUCAACAACCUGUAUUCACAUGGAACUCACAAUGGGAUAAACGCACCGCUUCUGCAUUUCAAAAACCAACUCACUCGGCAGCAAGAGAAAUCAUUGAAGAGGAAUAUGUUGUUGAUGGAUCUCUACCUUCAAAUAAUCAAGGAAAGGCUGCCAUUGCCUACAAGCUGAAUUGUGAAUUUUCUAAUCAAAAAGAUUACAUUCUUUUAAAGAUAUUAAGCAGUUGUCUUGAAGACACAAUCAAUCAGGAAUUUGGUUCUUUAUCUUUUAGGCCUUUUAGCCACAAUGGCCUUAACGAGUCAAUGAACGAACUUUGCUUUAUUGUUGGAGUAGAAGGGAUUUCUUUGCAAAAUAUGAAACUUGUAAAGAAUAGACUCGAACAUGUCAUUGAAAAUAUCCGAGUCCAUAAUGCACUGUUGUAUUUAGAUAAGCUACAAAUGGAGAUUCAAACAUUAUUCAAUUAUUCAACACACUAUGUUCAAGAGGGCUCUUUGCAUUCAUGGAAGAGCAGUACUAAUUCCAAACAAUUUCUUGAAAGAUUUUCGAAUUGUAUCGGCAUUUCACAAACAUUAUUGGAACUGAGGAAGUUAAUUGAAACGGACACUUCUGCAUGCUUUCAAUCAAUCAAAGAAAAAUACUUCCUCUCCAACAGCGAAAAAAUUAUAUUCAUGAUCAAUGCAACAAAACCUAUAGAGCUAGCUAAAGAAUCAUCUGCCGUUCAAAGAUCUCUAUUGCUUGAGUCCAAAGUUACACAAAAUUUAGACUUUAAGCCAAGCUCUGAGAUUGCUCCAUCUUUCAUCAGCCAGCGAGUGGAGUCACGGCUACAUGGUAGACUUUUUUUGAAUGUUCAAGAAGCCAACGGUGAUUUAGUUGAUAUUUCACUGACCAAAUACGAGCCUAUCUAUGUUUCUGCAACUGAAAAUAAGAUUUUCGACAUUCACUACUAUCCAAUCAUUGCCAAGUUGAUCAACCGAAUAGGAGCAAGAGAUGCAACAGAUGCCCUCAUGGAAUCGUUUAAACAACAAUAUUUUCCCAGAGGAAUCGAAACCAAAGUUGAAAUAAUGCAUGACCGUUUUGAUUGGGAUUCUGUUAAAUGUGGAAUUGUUGUCAGGACUCAAGUAUUGAAAAAACACUUAUUCAAAGCUCUCGAUAUUUUAGAUGCCAUGUUAAAUGACUCUGAGCUCAAGAAUAUGCAACCUCAUGCACUCAAUGAUGACAUGAUUAGAGAUAUUUUACAAACUCUUUCAGAUGAGAUUAUUUCAAAGCAUGGGUUGAUUGGAUUAUGUCAUCUCUCUUCAGAGUCCAAAGUGAAUCCCGUUACGAAAUUGCAUGACUAUGUUGGUGGAUUUGCUCAAUUAGCUUUUUUAAAGAGUAUGUCUACUGGUAGUUUAAAAAGUGUGAAAGAGCGACUUUUUCAAUUCUAUAGACAACUAAGUUCAAAGUCUAACACUAAAUUAUUGUUGACAACGAGCUCCUCACAUCUCGAUUCUGUUUGUAAAGUGGCUGAGGAUUUCCUUGAGUCGAACCCUGACACUUUCGACACUUCGAUGCAGCACAUUGGAUAUGGCACUUUUGUCAAAUCAAGUAAAGACAAACACCGAUAUAUUGUGAUUGACGAUGACAUAAUUCCAGAAGGACAUAGAAUUAUUUGUAGAAGUGUUAACACAACUUCUCCAAUUACUGCAGAUAAAGCAGGCCAUAUUAAUCUAUUGGUUGAGACAUUGAAUAGAAAAUUGUUUAAAGAUGCAUCAAGGCCCACAACAGCAAAGUACACAAUGGAUGGAACAUUUAUUCUCACUCUACUGACAUCGUCAUCCAUUCAUGUCAGUAUUUUAGAGGUUGUAGAAACAAUUCAACGAUUUAUUGAUUUUGGCAUUGAUGAAAUUGAUGAGGAAGAAUUGAUGAGCUAUAAGGUAGCGGCCAUGAGAGAAUUAGGGGAUUCUGUUGUUUAUCCUCCACACGAAAGAGCAACUAAGCAAUUCAUGUUUGGCAUUACACAUGAGGACUUUUCCUUGCUUAAACAGCAAGUGAUGACAGCAACUGUGGAAGAUAUCAGCCAUGCAGCCAAAACGUUAUUCGGUGCUGUGUCCACAGGCCAUGCUUUAGCUGUAUUGGGAUCCAAGAAAGACAUACCUCCAGAUAUUUUGGCGAUGGCACAAGGAAAAGAUGCAUCGUGGGAAGUCACAGGACAGGACUUGAACAUGACUGUAGAAGACUACAUAAUGGGAACGAAUGACGAAGGUGACCAAAACGAACAAAAGCAAGAAACAACCGACGAAGAUAAGCCUUUUUGCAGUUUUUAA